AGUGAUUUGGUUUAAAUUACUUGUUGCGAUAUUUUGUAUAGUGUGAAAUAACGCAAGUUUAGCGUUUUAUUUUAGAAAGACGUCUUGUUUCAGAGCGAAUCGUGUGAAUAUAGAGUCUCCCAGUGAUGCUUCGUAAAUCACGUAUUGUUGCUGUCUUGUGUUCAGACAAUUGGUGGACAGCCGAACUUUUUAUACUUGCGGGUACUUUAUCCGCCAUUUUGUGUCCCAAAUCUGGCAGAUGUGUUUUUCGCGUGUUCCUCAUCGGAGGUCGCCUUAAGUGAAGCACCGUCGCUCAGCAGGCCAGCCACGGUGGAACGGCGGUGGAUGACAUUGCUACUGGGGAAGGGUAGUACCUCCAAGCUAACAUCGCAGACUUCAGCAGUCCGCUAUGGGCCCGUGUGUGACCUGAGAGCCAAAGUUGCCGUUCAGCUCCAAGACGACUGACACGGUGAUGGAUUAAAGAUUAAUGUCCAGGCCAGUCAACAUCACAAAGGCAAAUGGCUAUUUAGCAAGAUCUGACUGAGGGCACUACUCCUUGUCCAAACCCAGGGCACUGAUUGCUGUGCUACAUCCUCUCAACAGCAAAGUGUACAAGUCUGUGACACCAGCCAUGUUUUGGAAGUUUGACUUGCACACAUCGUCUCAUCUGGAGGCUUUGCUGGACAGAGAAGAUGUCACGCUCACGGAGCUCAUGGACGAAGAAGAUAUUCUGCAGGAGUGCAAGGCUCAAAACAGGAGGCUUCUGCUACUCUUGUGCCAGGAUCAGUGCAUGCAGGAGAUGGUCCGACUGAUUACCACAGAGCCCCCUGCUGGUGUAGAGGAGAUCAAGCGUUUCAAGUAUCCAAAUAUAGCUUGUGAGCUGUUGACGUGUGAUGUGGGUGUCAUCAAUGACAAACUAGGUAAUGAAGAGCCUCUGCUGGAAACUCUAUAUGCCUUCCUGGAGCAGCCGUCCCCACUCAACCCCCUCCUGGCGUCUUUCUUUAGCAAGACAAUUGGGAACCUCAUCACACGGAAGACUGAACAGGUGAUUAAUUUCUUGCGACGGAAGGAUGGAUUUCUUUCCUUGGUCCUAAAACACAUUGAUACGUCGGCCAUGAUGGAUGUGCUUCUAAGGCUUAUCAGCUGUGUUGAACCACCCCCGCUUCGACUUGAGACUCUUACUUGGCUGAAUGAAGAGAAGCUAGCCCAGAGACUUAUAGAGCUCAUUCACCCGAAGAGAGAUGAGGAGAGGCAGUCCAAUGCAUCGCAGACUUUGUGUGACAUUAUUCGUCUAAGUAGAGACCAGGCCAAUCAGCUUCAGGAGAUCUCUCAGCCUGACCCUUUGCUGACUGUGUUGGAGUCACAAGAGUGUGUGGAGCAGUUGCUGCAGAAUAUGUUCUCAGGAGAGAGGACCGAGAGCUGUAUUGUCAAUGGGAUUCAAGUUCUUCUCACGCUGCUGGAAAUCAGGAGGCCUGUGGUGGAUGGUGUAAUGGAUGCUCAGGGAUUUGAGAGAAGUUACACUGUUAACAGCAGCAUUUUGUUGGCCAUUCAACCACACCUAACACAUUUUCACCAGCUACUUUUGGAGCCUCCAAAGCGAAGCCCUAUGCUGACCACUUUGGGUGUGCUGGAGGAGCCACUGGGGAACACACGCCUGCACGUAGCCCGGCUCGUGGCCUCUCUGCUGUAUACCAGUUCUGCUAGUCAUGCAGUUGUAGCACAGGAGCUCUGUAGACUCAGCACAAUGGACCUGCUUCUGGAAUUGUUUUUUAAGUACACAUGGAACAACUUCCUGCAUCUCCAAGUAGAGCUUUGUGUUGCUGCCAUCCUCCGUCCCUGUGCCCAUGAAAUGAGGCUCCAGCCUGGUUUGGCAUCCCAAGACAAAUUCAAGCCUCUUCAGGAUGCAUCACAAGAGCAGAGUGUGACUGAGACCCUGACUUCUGAAACUUCAGUCACCCCUGAGAACUCUGCACAUAAUCUACUGGUGACUCAUCUGUUCCAGCACUGCCACCUUGUCCAGAGGAUUUUAGCAGCUUGGGAAGAAAAUGAUAAAAUACAAUCAGAAGGUGGUAUGAGAAGAGGGUACAUGGGGCAUCUCACCAGGAUUGCCAACACAGUCGUCCACAACCUGGAAAAAGGCCCAGUUCACACACAGAUUAGUAGCCUAAUCACAGAGCUACCAGAGGACUACAGAGGGCGCUGGGAAACCUUUGUGGACCAGACACUUUCAGAAACGAACAGAAAGAAUACCAUAGACCUGAUUGGCAAUGGAAACCCACGUCCGUCAUCUGAGGAUGACAUGGAGAGCCCCUUUCCAAAAGAACUGACGCUACAGCAGGCCUUUUCAGACUACCAGAUCCAGCAAAUGACAGCUAACUUUGUGGAUCAGUUUGGCUUCAAUGACGAGGAAUUUACUGAUCAUGAUGAUAGCAUUGGGGCAACGUUUGACCGGAUCGCAGAGAUAAACAUUAACAUUGAUGCAGGCCAGGACAGUGCAAACACAGCUGUGUUUGAGGCCUGUUCCAAGGAGAGGAUUCAACCCUUUGAUGAUGAUGAAGAGGAUAUCUGGGAGGAGAAGGAGUUUACCUAUGCAGCACAAACAAAGUCUCGAAAUAGGUUUGGUGGAUUACAGUCCUCCCAGCAGCCGGCAGUGAGCAAGGCCUGCGAUAGGACAUCAGAUUGUGCCACUGAGACCUCUGACAGAGCAGCUGACACAGACUCAGAAGAAGAGCCCAGUGAUGACCUGGAUCCAUUCUCAAACCAGGGCCAGACUGAGCCUGCAAAAAGCACCGGCUGGAUUGCAGACUUUGGGGAGGUAAACUCAAAGGCUCCUGCAGCAGGUGUGGGCUUUGCAGCCUGGGACACUCCCACCACACAGCCAGCUGCCGCACAGGCGGAGGAGAAAGGGUGGGCGAAGUUCAGUGACUUCCAGCCCUUCUGUUGCUCUGAAACAGGACCAAGAUGCAGCUCGCCUGUAGACUCUGAGUUUAGUGGGUCAGAGAACACCAAACCAAACCAGAACCCUUGUGUGUGGAGUGUGUGUGUUGCUAGAAAAGCUCCACUGGUGGCGUCAGACAGCUCUUCCUCCAGCAGCUCAGACAGCGACGAGGAAGAAAACAAGACAGAGUCUGCAUCUUCCAGUGAGACGACCACUACAGAGACCAUCACCACUGGUGCUGGCAAGGAGACCAUCCGGCUCACGGUGGACGCCAAAAACGAGAGGGCUGUGUUCACCAGAGUAUUCAGACCAGCAGUCAGACGUGAAGCAGAUAAGGUGCAAGCAGAGGGACCUCCAGUCAAAGACAAAGAAAAAGACAAAGAGAGUGACAGCGAAAAUCAAGUCUGUCCCAGCCCAACCGCUGUGGGUCCAGCUAACCAGUCAGCUGCUAUCACACAAGAGAUGCAACCUUCUGCUAAUGGACCAGCCUAACAACGUGGUACAGGAACACACACAAACACACACACACACACAAGCUUAUCACCUCCCCAUUUGGUGUGAAAUCAUGCCGCCUUUGCUUCCCAAUAGCAGCCCUCCAAUGCCAUUUUUUGUGUAAAGAAUGGGAGCUGCAGCGUUUGUGGUUAGGUAACCUGAAUAGUAUGAAUGUCAGAUUUCACAAUUCUAUACACGGUACUAUUGGUGUAUCCUUCCUGCACCUCAUGACAAAAAUACAACUGAAAUUCUUUAAAGAGGAAUAUGUGUAUAUGUGUUUUUUUAUCACGCCCAACCCCCCUGAAACCAAAUUGUGUUCCACAUGAAUUAAUAUGUAAUUUCCCUCCAUAAACCUGGAAAAGAAAGAGCUGUUGUGAUGAACAGACAGGAGCUAUCUCAAGAGAACACCUCCAGUAUGUAAUUUGAAUGCUUCAUUAAGCCACAGUUCAGAGUGUUUGAGCAUGUCUGCUCUCUGGACGUGAAUGCCUUUUUCUAGCAGAGCAAGUGUUUGAGCAAAGAAAAAAUAUUCAGAUAAUUAGCCAUGCUGCUUGUGAGGCUAGAUGUCAUUUUGUGUUUAGCAUUUCAGUGCACAUGCCAGGCAAGCAUUUUAGUCGUGCAGUGACAAUAAUUUAGCUUUUGCCAUCCAUUAGUCAGUCCAAGGCAGAAUCCUCUGAUCAACAUGCUCCUUUUGGUAAUUUAGACCCCCUAACAUCCUGGUUGUGCACCAUAGACAGAUUUGUGUAGUUUAGAGGUGUGUGUGUGUGUGUGUUGCUGUGUCAUGUGUGUAGACAGCUGCUUGUGUGUGUGUUUGUGAGUUUGAGCUCUGUCUAAGAUGCAGAGCACAUUCUCAGGUCAAAGGAGAGGUAUGCCGGUAUAAAGAAAGCACACCUGUGUGACACACAAAGACACACGCAUGUACAGUAUACACAUAGUAAACUAUGCCUAUACACACAUGCCAAACACAGUGACGUGCACCUAUCACAGAUUCAUACACCCACAAAGCUGUUUAAAUGUAAUAUUGUGAAUUUUGAACCUGUAUUAGGUUGUGGCUUUUCUUGGUAAUAAGUAAACGUAAUAAGUGUAAACAGUAUAUAUAAACAUUCUAUCUAUUUUUGGAAUAAAUCCACUGUAUGGAAAAGCAGUUGUUUUGCAGGUUGCAACGUGUGUAUUGUAUGUGUGUUGUACUGUUGAAAUGAGGCAAUAAUGAUGUCUGUGUUUUGGUUAUUAGCCCAGCAUCAGUUCCUGCUCCUCUGCUACGUGCUUCUCUCAUAGUGGCUUGGAAGUGUGUGUGUGCGCGCAUGUGCGUGUGAACUUGUACUUGCAUCGAAUUCAAAAUGAGGACAUUUUGACAAAGUGAGGACAUUUUGGCCGGUUCUCACUGCUUUGAAGGGAGCUGUUGAGUUUUGGUUUGGAUUAGCAAUUGUUAGACAUCUGCCUUUAGUUGUGAUGGUUAGGGUAAGGGGCUAGGGAAGGCAUUAUGUCAAUGGAGGAAGUACACAUGGAAGUACGCGUGUGUGUGUGUGUGUGUGUGUGUGUGUGUGUGUGUGUGUGUGUGUGUGUGUGUGUGUGUGUGUGUGUGUGUGUGUGUGUGUGUGUGUGUGUGUGUGUGUGUGUGUGUGUGUGUGUGUGUGUGUGUGUGUGUGUGUGUGUGUGUGUGUGUGUGUGUGAAGGCCCUACGUCUUCCGUAUCUUUUAAUUACAGGAUAGUUGGUGUUUAGUACAACUUCAGUCUUAUUAUGCUUUUACCAUUAUUAAAAAGAGAAAACAAAGCUGAAUAUUAAAAUCACACCAAACAAUUGUCAGGUAUGUAUCACAGUUCAGUUUAGGUACUGUAUAGUACAGGCUUAAAUAGUUAACCCUAAUUUACAGGUAUAUGAUGAGAUUCAGUCAUGUACAUAGUGGAGAUCAGCAUCACCAGAGGAAACACGAGUUCUCACAAUCAGAGUUAUGCGCAUAGAGCUGUUAUACAGGACGCUGGUUCGACCCACUAGGUGUCUCUUUGUCUUCAGCGUUGCCAAAGGACCGUUUGACACGUGGACUGGACGAAACAACAAAUUGCAACACUGACUCUGUGUUUACUGAAUGACUUGCUCUACAGUAAGUGCUACUGUAAGACGCCCUAGUUUUGUUUGUCUACACAAUUCAAGCGAUCACACUGGACCAACCUUAUUUUAAUCAACCCUUUGAGCAGAUGUUCAGAUCUAGUUCUGUUUCAUUAUAGGUUAAGGUUUAAGCCUCUAGGAAAUGAAUGUAUAAAACCUAUAUCCCAAUAAUUAGGACGCUGUAAAAUGCAACUAAACAUGCACUGAUGCGUGCAAACAAGGACGUGGACGUUGAACUGACAACACGCUGUGUGAUGUACCAUCAGCAGCACGUUUAAACAUGCCUGAACAACAUGUUUGCUGCUGUGUUGCAUCAUCCCUUCUUUCAAGCGUUUGGGAUUCAAAGCAAGCACAUUUUCAAAGCAGAGUCAACAUUUGAUGUGUUGUCUUUGUGCUCUGUGAAUUGAAAAGUGGCUUUUAAUGGAUUCACACUUCAGAUAGUGAUCAUAUUAAGUGAAUAUGUGCUUUGUGAGUUGGUGUGAAGUUGUCAUGUGUACAGAUUGUUGUUUGGCCGCAUUUUAGCAGCUUCUCACAACUACAAAGUCUGUUUGAGGAUUAAGACUUGAUCUUGGAGCAGGGUUUUGGAUUCAUGUGGGGAUGGAUGUAGUGAUGGUUGACCUAAGGAUGAAUGUCUAGGAAAUAUCAAGUGUCAACAAACCUCUACUGGGAUCGUUUACUCAAUAAAGUCAGAAUUAGUUUUGUUGCUACUAAUCUUUAUUAUCUUUUGCUCAUUUGUAUCUGAUUUUUUCACAGUGACACAACCUACGUUGUAAAUCUGCUCGCGCCAGACUCUCUUUGCUUCUCUUCAUCUUUAUCCUCAUCUCUCUUUCUCAGGGUUGGUUUUGAUUACACAUAUGUCUACGGGAUUAUUUACAUGGAUUGUUGUUUGUUUCGAAAGCACUUUUUUCGAGAAGCACUUUUGGUUUGUGUGUGGUGGUGCCAGCAGCCGCCGCUGCUCCCUUGGAGGGGUGUUUGAAUGUGAAGGUGAAUGUUUGACUUAAAUGAGUGACUUAUGUAGAACCCCUUUCUUCAAUUUUUUUUUGCCAAAGUGUGUCUUCCUGCUGGUCCACAGGUGGCUGUCCUGUGUGAAGAAGCCCCCUCUCCUGCAGUGGUCUUACAGGUCCACAUUUAGCUCCUUGUUUGAUCCCUCUUUUCAUUCGUCUUAGUGAUGUGAUGUGAAUUAUCAGCAGGGGGAGAGGAUGCCACAUGUCUAAGAAAGACUUUGAAGAUUGCUCUCAGAUCAUGGGCAAUUUUUGCUUUUAUCUCCUCUGCGCUUUGAGCUGUUUGAAGUGGAACUGCAGAGAGUCGGUGUCAGGGUUAGAAUAGGGGAAAAAACAGGGCUGUUUAUUCAUCAGGGUUGUGUACAGGGUCAGUCAGUAAGUCCUACAGACUUCCACCAAACUUAAGGUAUGUGCGUGCGUGCGUGAUAUUUAAUGGCAUGACAUAUGCUACUAUCAUCUUUAAGUGCCAAUAAGUUUGCAUAUUAGCCUCAUUCACCUCAUUGGGUGUGUGCUGCGUUAAGCAGCGUGUGCCUGGACUUUAUUUAAGAGACAACAGCGGUCUGAUCUUACACCUGUUGUCUGCUACUUACUGUACACUGAGGCCAUUUAAAGUUUAAAUCUUUAUUGCAUUAUAGCUUUGUGCGUGAGUGAUGGGAGAAUGUUCUGACAGACAGCCGUUUGCAAAAUGCCUUUUUGUAAAGUGGACUGAUGCUGGUGUCACUUUCUUUUUGUAUCUUCUUUUCGUUUAGAGAGUACCGUGUCUGUUAUUUGUCAAAUUAGCUUGUACAUUCAGAUAUGAACCUAAUAAACAUGUCCUGUAACGAUGA